AUGUACAUGAUGGGAAGAUGCUGUGUGCCCCAUCUCAUGGUUCUUCUCACAUUCGUGUUCAACGGGGAGCGAAUUGUGGCACAAAGAGCAGGUUGCAAGAAUGUUCACUAUGACCUUGUCUUCAUCUUGGAUGCCUCCUCCAGCGUUGGAAAAGAGAAUUUUGAGAAAGUUCGGCAGUGGGUGUCUAACUUGGUGGAAACUUUUGAGAUUGGCCCAGACAAAACCCUUGUUGGUGUGGUGCGAUACAGUGAUCGUCCCACCACAGAGUUUGACCUGGGGAAGUACAGAACCUGCGAGGAAAUCAAAGAGGCUGCACGAAACAUUAAGUAUUAUGGGGGUAAUACCAACACUGGAGAUGCUCUCAGGUACAUCAACACCUACAGCUUUUCCAAAGAAGCUGGUGGGAGACUUAGUGAUCGAACAGUUAAAAAAGUGGCUAUUCUUUUGACUGAUGGAAGGAGCCAGGAUCACGUCUUGGAUCCUGCCAAUGCAGCACAUCAGGCUGGGAUUAGGAUCUUUGUUGUGGGUGUUGGCGAAGCCUUAAAAGAGGAACUCGAUGAGAUUGCUUCAGAACCCAAGUCUGCUCACGUGUUUCAUGUCUCUGAUUACAACGCCAUCGAUAAAAUCCGAGGGAAGCUGAGAAGACGCCUCUGUGAAAAUGUCCUUUGUCCAAAUGUCCAUGUGGAAGGAGAUCGAUUCAAACACACCAGUGGGGGGACUGAUGAGAUUCCAGGAUUUGACCUUAUGGAUUCGUUCAGCGUUAAGCAAAUUUUUGGAAUGAAAGAAAAUGGAAUUCAGAGUGCUUAUGUUCGACUUGGAAGCUUUCCUGUUGUUCAAAAAACUGAGGAUGUAUUUCCCCAAGGUCUCCCUGAUGAAUAUGCCUUUGUAACUACCUUCAAAUUCCGGAAGGCUUCCAGGAAAGAAGACUGGUAUAUUUGGCAGAUUAUUGACAAGUACGGCAUACCACAGGUCUCGAUCCGGCUGGAUGGAGAGAACAAAGCUUUAGAGUACAACGCCGUUGGGCUCACCAAGGACGCUGUGAGAGUGGUCUUCCGAAAUGAAAGAGUCAGCGAUCUUUUUGACCGCAGCUGGCACAAAAUUGCCUUCAGCAUUCAGUCAAAAUCUGUCUCACUCUACAUAGACUGCAAACUGGUGCAGACGCUGCCUAUUGAAGACAGGGAAAAUAUUGACAUUCAAGGAAAGACUGUGAUUGGCAAACGCUUGUAUGAUAGCGUCCCCAUUGAUUUUGAUCUUCAGCGGAUGGUUAUUUACUGUGAUUCUCGGCAUGCUGAGCUGGAGACCUGCUGUGACAUUCCCUCUGGACCAUGCCAGGUCACUGUCCUGACUGAAGCACCUCCCGUGGAAGUAAGGCCCACUGUUGGCAGCGAGCAAGUUGGCCACCUCAAGACAUUCAACUGCUCCUGCCCUGCUGGACAAAAGGGGGAAAGAGGUCCAAUUGGCCCUGCAGGUCCUAAAGGUCAAAAGGGAGAAAGUGGCACCCAAGGGCUUCCUGGACUCAGAGGAGAAAAAGGAGAGUCAGGCAGAGUCUAUGGCAGAGGAGAAAAAGGAGAAAAGGGGUCCCUGGGCUCACCUGGCCCCCCUGGGAAGGAUGGAGCAAAAGGAGAAGUCGGUGAACCAGGACAGCCAGGAGCAUUUGGACUGCCAGGGCCAGCAGGCCCAAAGGGAUCCGAGGGGAAACAGGGUCCUCCAGGAAUCAAAGGCUACGUGGGUGCACCGGGUCUACAAGGAGAAAGAGGAGAAAAGGGAACACGAGGAGACAAGGGAGAGCGAGGCCUAGAUGGGUUCCCCGGAAAGCCAGGUCUGGAGGGAAAACAGGGCCCUGCUGGCAGCCCAGGCCCUCCAGGUGCCAGUGGGACCAAAGGAGAAAAGGGUGAACCAGGACCUUCAGGACUGCCUGGCUCUUUAGUGCCUACUGAAGGCCUAAAAGGAGAGCAAGGAAUGCCUGGGCCACGAGGACCACAAGGCCAACCUGGACUUCCUGGACCUCCAGGUGAGCCUGGUCUGGAAGGCAAGCCUGGAAUCCCUGGUGUACCAGGUCAAAGGGGUAAAAAGGGAGAACCAGGAUUCCCAGGAAUCAAUGGUCUGAUUGGCCCUCAGGGACCUCCAGGGCCCUCAGGCAUUGCUGGACCUCCUGGAGCACCAGGGCUGCCAGGAGAGAUUGGAGUAUCUGGUAAAACUGGACCACCAGGACCACCUGGGUUGUCUGGCAAAGAUGGAUUGAAUGGGCUUCCUGGGCUUCCAGGUCAAAAGGGAGAACAAGGGGAAAAGGGUGAGGGAGGCUUUCCUGGAAAAGCUGGUCCUAAGGGUGACCCAGGGAGCCGUGGCCAACCUGGUGAGCAGGGUGAAGCAGGACUUCCUGGUCCUCAGGGUUUACCUGGACUGAGAGGAGAAAAAGGAGACCGGGGAGAAAAAGGCAAAGAUGGGUUCCCGGGAUUGAAAGGUGAAAGAGGAGAAAAGGGUGACACAGGUCCCCCUGGACCCCCAGGCUUACCUGGAACAACAGCCUUCUUCACCCCACACCCCAGGAUCCCUGGUGAACCUGGACCAAAAGGGGAGAAAGGAGAUCAAGGAACAAGUGGAGAACCUGGCUUACCUGGGAUCCCAGGUGAAAAAGGUGUCCCAGGACCUGCAGGAGCAGAGGGCACAAAGGGGCAGAAAGGAGCCCAAGGAGAAUCUGGAGCCCCUGGAGAAGCUGGUGUGACUGGGCCAGCAGGACCCCCAGGUCCAAGAGGCUUACCAGGAAAUGUGGGUGUGCCUGGACACCCUGGGCUUCCAGGAAAAGAAGGAGAAAAAGGGGAAAAGGGUGAUCCUGGAAAAGAAGGAAAAAUGGGUUUACCUGGGCCAGCUGGUGAGCCAGGGCGUGCUGGAGAGCCAGGUUUGCCUGGUAAGGGUAAAGAUGGAGAACAGGGACAAAGAGGACCACCAGGCUUGCCAGGACCCUUUGGACACAAGGGUGAGAGGGGACCUCCUGGCCUCCCUGGGCAGCCAGGAGACAGAGGUGCACCAGGAAUUGGGCUGGCCGGACCCCCUGGCCCAGUGGGACCUCCAGGAGACAAAGGGUCAUUGGGUCCCCGCGGUGUACCUGGUAUCCCUGGACCACAGGGGCCUCCUGGCCAGGAUGGUCUACCUGGGAAUCCAGGGGAAAGGGGACCUCCUGGAAAACCAGGUUCCCCACCCCUGCUCUCUCCAGAGGACAUAAAUCUCUUAGUCAAGGAUGUAUGCACUGAAUGCCCUCCUGGCCCACCAGGAUUGCCAGGCAUCCCAGGUUUCAAAGGUGAUAAAGGUCUCCGAGGACCACCAGGUAGAGAUGGCCAGGAUGGGAAAAUGGGGAAUGCUGGUCCCAGAGGUCCUGCAGGCCCACCUGGGCUUGAUGGCCCAAAGGGUGCUAAAGGAGACCGUGGUAUGACCGGGGAUGUAGGAGAAAAAGGUGAACAGGGCCAUCCUGGAAUGCCUGGCUUCUCAGGGGCUCCUGGAAACCCUGGUCCACCUGGCCCAGAUGGAGCACCAGGACCAAUAGGACCAGCAGGAAACCCAGGAGACAUAGGUAAAGAUGGCCCUCCAGGUCCACAGGGCCCACCAGGAUUGCCUGGACUUCCAGGAAUUGCUGGGAAUGAUGGCAAGGAUGGCAAGCCAGGAUCUCUUGGGGAACCGGGAAAGCCUGGAGAACCAGGGCUCCCAGGCCGGGAGGGUGCCAGAGGCUUACCAGGUUUCAAAGGACAGAGAGGAGAUACAGGUCCUCCAGGACCCCGGGGGGAACCAGGUGUGACAGGUCCUGCUGGUCGUGAGGGGCCACCAGGGAAGGAUGGUGAUGCUGGUCCCAUAGGACCACAGGGCCCUCGAGGACCCAGGGGGCAGCCGGGCAAGAAUGGAUCACCCGGACCUGCAGGAGAACCUGGCCCAGCAGGUAACCCAGGUCCUAAAGGAAAUAAAGGAGAAAAUGGCAGCCCAGGACUUCCUGGCUUCAUAGGACCCCGAGGACCCCCUGGAGAACCAGGAGAGAAGGGUCCUCCUGGAAAAGAGGGUGCUCCAGGGAAAACAGGUGAAACUGGCUCCAGAGGAGAGAGGGGAGAGCCAGGCAUCAAAGGCGAGAAAGGCCCUCAAGGGGAAAAGGGCCCUCCAGGUGAUCCUGGGAUACCUGGUCAUAAAGGCCAUCCAGGACUGAUGGGUCCCCAUGGACCCCCAGGAGACACUGGGCAAGUUGGACCUCCUGGUCCUCCGGGACAGCCAGGAUUUCCAGGACCAAGGGGGGAGCCCCCAUCUCUAGAGACUUUGAGAAGGCUCAUCCAACAGGAGUUAGACAAGCAGCUUGAUGCAAAGUUAGCCUAUCUCCUGGCUCAGAUACAGCCUGCACAUGUCAAAGUGUCCCAUGGCAGACCAGGACCUCCUGGUCCCCCCGGGAAGGAAGGACUCCCAGGAAGAACUGGUCCUCCGGGAGAGCCUGGCCGGCCUGGGCAGACUGGGUCUGAAGGGCCACCUGGACCGAUUGGUCCCAAAGGAGAAAGAGGAGCAAAGGGUGAGAAAGGAGACACUGGCAUUGGCCAACGAGGGGAAAUAGGUCCUCCAGGAAUUCCAGGUCUCCCAGGGGAGCCUGGCUAUGCCAAAGAUGGGAUGCCAGGACCACCCGGCCCUCAAGGUGAAGCUGGUGUGCCUGGUCUCAAGGGUCCACAGGGACCUCCAGGAGCUAAUGGACAGUGUGACCCUACUCAGUGUGCUUACUAUGCAAGCCUGGCUGCCAGACCUCCCAACGUCAAAGGGCCCUAACUUGCAGGGAGUAUCCUCAGACUUGAUUUUAAAACUUGAAUUCAUCCCACCUACCAAGAGCUCUCAGAUGCCUUCAACUGUUUUCUUCACAAGAGGCCUUCAAAGCCAACAAAUGCUGCCGGUCGGUCAGAUUAUUUUUAUGAAUUAUAAUUAUUAUUAUUAUUAUUAUCUUUGAUGUGAUAUGUGAAUUUGUUUUUUGUUUUCUCUAACAUCAGGGCAUAUUAAAACAUUAAAAAU